GUGCACUGCGGCGCUCCGGCCUUUCGAGAGGACGGCGGGCAGCGAGGGGAAUGAAGGAUGGCAGCACGCCGUGCGUUAAAGGCUGUUUUGGUAGAUCUCAAUGGCACACUUCACAUUGAAGAUGCAGCUGUGCCAGGCGCACAGGAAGCUCUUAAAAGGUUACGGGCUACUUCUGUGAAGGUUAGGUUUGUGACCAACACAACCAAAGAGAGCAAGCAAGACCUCCUGGAAAGGUUGAAGAAGCUGGAGUUUGACAUCUCCGAAGAUGAAAUCUUCACUUCUCUGACAGCAGCCCGAAACUUAGUAGAGCAGAAACAAGUCAGGCCCAUGCUGUUGGUUGAUGACCGUGCACUGCCUGAUUUCUCAGGAGUACAAACAGGUGACCCCAAUGCUGUGGUCAUCGGCCUGGCACCAGAACAUUUUCAUUACCAGCUUCUGAAUCAGGCAUUCCGGUUACUCCUGGAUGGAGCCCCUCUGAUAGCUAUCCACAAGGCCAGGUAUUACAAGAGAAAAGAUGGCUUAGCCCUGGGACCAGGACCAUUUGUGACCGCCUUAGAGUAUGCCACAGACUCGAAAGCCAUAGUCGUGGGGAAACCAGAGAAGACGUUCUUUCUGGAAGCAUUGAGGGACACUGGCUGUGCACCAGAGGAGGCCGUCAUGAUAGGAGAUGAUUGCAGGGAUGAUGUUGGUGGGGCUCAGAACACUGGCAUGCUGGGCAUCUUAGUCAAAACUGGGAAAUACCGAACUGCAGAUGAAGAAAAAAUUAAUCCACCUCCAUACUUAACUUGCGAGAGCUUCCCUCAUGCUGUGGACCACAUUCUGCAGCAUCUCCUGUGAACCCAUGUGUGGCGUGAGGCAACUUGAUCCACAGCUUCCAUUGUCUAGACGGGAUGGAUGGAUCCCUCAGCAGACAGCCCCAUCCAGUGCCAAUCCCAAUGAACCUUCUUCUAUUGUGCAUUAAUUAGAAAGAGGGGCAUUGAAUUGCAGCCAGCCCUAAGCUGGCUAAUCUCUUUUGUUUUGUAAAAGAAGAUGAGACCUGAAGAAAGGGAGAGCAGAGAUUUCUGUGCCAUUCCUGUUAAAAUAUUCAUCCGGUUCACUGGGCUGGGAGGAGGGGCUCCUGCAGGAGUGCAGCAGCCUCGGUCCUCACCCAUCUUCGCCAGGAGGGAGAGGACAGCCACCUCCUGCAGGGGUGCACUGCAAGGCGCAUCCGGCUGUCGUCCAGUUGCAGAGUCAACUGUGAAACCCAGCACCAGAGCCAAGUAGGGUGCAAGACAGAAGCAGCACAGCAAGCCCUUCUGUUGAGAUCCAGCGAAGCUGCUAUAACAGAUGUGGAAAGCCAAACUUCCACCGUAUUCCCAGCACAGAUGACUUCCUUUUCUCUUCAUUAGCCAGAGAUGACUAAUUUAAAUUUAGAACCCGAAUUUAAUUUAAAAUAAUAUUUCCAUUAAUAACCUAUUCAUUGCAGAUACCUAUUAUACUGUGUAACAGUUGUUUUGGAAAUUUUAUGUAAAAUUAAAACUAUCAGUAUUUUA